ACAGCGACGGGCGGUUGUACGCGUGCGCGGGUUUGGAGUCUUCUCUGGCUGUGCAUGGUGGAAAAUGGCGGCGGCUCAUGCUGUGGAGGAGAUGCGGACUCGCGUGGUGCUGGGAGAGUUUGGGGUUCGCAAUGUCCACACCACUGACUUCCCCGGUAACUAUUCGGGUUAUGAUGAUGCUUGGGACCAGGACCGCUUCGAGAAGAAUUUCCGUGUGGACGUAGUACAUAUGGAUGAAAAUACAUUGGAAUUUGACAUGGUGGGAAUUGAUGCUGCCAUUGCUAAUGCUUUCCGGAGAAUUCUGUUAGCUGAGGUGCCAACAAUGGCUGUGGAAAAGGUUCUGGUGUAUAAUAACACAUCCAUUGUCCAGGAUGAGAUCCUUGCUCACCGCCUGGGGCUCAUCCCCAUUCUUGCUGAUCCUCGUCUUUUUGAAUAUCGGAACCAAGGCGAGGAAGAAGGAACAGAGAUAGACACACUGCAGUUUCGACUGCAGGUCAGGUGUACCAGGAAUCCCAGUGCUGCUAAGGAUUCCUCUGACCCCAAUGAACUCUACGUGAACCACAAAGUAUAUACCAGGCAUAUGACAUGGGUCCCCUUGGGAAACCAGGCUGAUGUCUUCCCGGAGGGCACAAUUCGCCCAGUGCAUGACGACAUCCUCAUUGCUCAGCUUCGGCCUGGUCAGGAGAUUGACCUAGUCAUGCACUGCGUCAAGGGCAUUGGCAAAGAUCAUGCCAAGUUCUCACCAGUGGCAACAGCCAGCUAUAGGCUCCUGCCAGACAUUACUCUGCUUGAACCUGUGGAAGGGGAGGCGGCUGAGGAACUGAGCCGGUGCUUUUCACCAGGCGUGAUUGAGGUGCAGGAGGUGCAAGGUAAAAAGUUGGCCAGAGUUGCCAAUGCUCGGUUGGAUACCUUCAGCAGAGAAAUCUUCCGGAAUGAGAAGCUGAAGAAGGCUGUGCGGCUUGCCCGUGUUCGGGACCAUUAUAUCUUUUCAGUCGAGUCAACUGGAGUUUUGCCACCAGAUGUGUUGGUGAGUGAAGCCAUCAAAAUACUGAUGGGGAAGUGCCAGCGGUUCUUGGACGAGCUGGAUGCGGUUCAGAUGGACUGAUGCUUCAUAGCAUUUCUGGGAUGGCCGUGCCAAGUGUGACUAGAUGUCCAAUUCCAGUCUUAUUUCCAGUCAAUACAUUUUAUUAAAUGUGCCACAGACUAAAGCUUAUGCCUUUGUAAGGCCUUUGAUGUAAAUAAAUAUCCUAGCAAAAAUG